AUGCUUGUUGCUGCAAUAUUUGCUUUUUUCGAAAGAGCAUGUCUGGGUUGUUUUGCUGAAAACAUUACACGUCAUUAUCGUGACCAAUAUUUAUUGGCGCUAUUUCGACGUGAUGUUGAAUUCAUUGAAAGGUUCAGUCCCGGUCGUUUGGGACAACGGUUCAGCGAAGAGUCCUCACGAAUUGUCGAGGGCUUAGGACCUGGUUUGGGCUUGAUUGUCCGGUCGCUUUCUUCUCUGUUUAGUGGUAUUGUUAUUGGAAUGACUCGCGAUUGGAUGCUCACUCUCUUGACUUUACUUGUUUCUCCUUUUAUCAUUCUCUUUAGUUAUAAAUUUGAUAGGAGCAUGGGAAAAUACACAGAUGUUGUGAUGAAAGAACAUCAGAACGCCGAUUCUCUUGCCGAAGAGACUUUCCGCGAUAUCAAAACGGUUAUGAGUCUGGGAGCUGAAGAAAAGUUUAUCACACGAUAUUGGAAAAUUGUUAAGGAUUGUUGUAGAAGAGCUAGCAUUUGCACUACAAAAGCUGGAAUCCAUUAUUCAGGAAUGGGUUUUUCAACCCAACUUGCCGACGGAUUGCUGUUCCUCUCCGCAGGAAGCAAUUCUUGUCUCGUGGGAGGCGAAGUUGUGGUCGUGAUGAUUUCUUUGCUCCAGUGCUUUGCUGGAAUCGGCAGCAUGUUCUCGAAUCUCAUCAACAUCGUAAAAGCGAGAAUGUCCGCAGCGUAUUUCCUGCAAGUCAUCGAGCACGAAGACGCCAUGGAUUCGCUCGGAUCCACCGGAAUCUUUCCUGAAAGCAGCAAGGGAGACGUUGUGUACAAGAACGUGGACUUCAAGUACGCUUCGCGCGACACGCAAGUGCUGAAGCAGCUCAACUUCACCAUUCGCGAGAACGAAAUGAUCGGAAUCGUGGGCGAGAGUGGCAGCGGAAAGAGCACAAUCUUGAAACUCUUGAUGCGAUUGUACGCUCCGACGGCGGGAACGAUCACAUGGGACGGAGUCGAUGUGACGACGCUCUCGACGGCGUGGAUUCGCGAUCAGAUCAGCUACGUGGCGCAGGAGCCCGUGCUGUUCAGCGGAACGAUUCGCGAGAAUCUGCUCUAUGGACGCGAGGGCUGCACCGAGGUGGAAAUGGUGGAAGCCGCGAAGCUGGUGGAGGCCGACGCGUUCAUUCGAUCGUUCCCCAAAGGGUACGACACCUAUGUGGGCGAGUUGGGAAGCUCGCUGUCCGGAGGACAGAAACAACGUAUUGCUAUCGCCCGCGCGCUGAUUCGAAACCCGCGAAUUCUGGUGCUGGACGAAGCGACGAGCGCGCUGGACACGACGAGCGAGAAAAUCGUGCAGAACGCGAUGGAAACGAUCCGAAGAAAGAACGAAGCGAAGGGAAAGGGACUGAGCAUCGUGAUCGUGGCGCAUCGGCUGAGCAGCAUUCGAUCGUGUGAUCGCAUUGUGGUGGUGGAUGAAGGGCAAAUCGUGGAAGAAGGCGAUCAUGAAAGCUUGCUAGCGAAGGGCGGAAUCUAUGCGGGAUUGUACAAAAGCCAAGAAACUGGAGGAGAAGAAACCAAACAACAACAACAAGAAGAAAAACAAGGUGAAAGCGAAGUGGCGAAACGAACUGAGAGUGACAUCAAAAUCGAAACAAAGCGAAGCAUGUCUAUUCAAUCGAGUCGCCAUUCCAAAACCAAGGAAGAGAUCCCUGAUGAAGAGGAAGAUGCUAGGAAAAAGAAAGUCAGCAUGUUCAGUCUUCUUCAUUUCGUACCACAUCACAAAUGGCUUUUCUGGACGGGUUUUCUGGGAAGUAUUGCUCGCGCUGCGUUCCCCACCAUUUACUCCUAUUGCUCUUCUGUUCUGCAGGAGCUGCUCUUCACAUUCGAUUUGAACCGACUGUGGAAGGACGGCUGGCUGUGUGUGUACAUUAUGAUCGGGUUCACGGUCGUGAACGCUCUGGGAACGCUUUACAAUUGGGUUGCUGGUGGUAUCGUGGGAGAACAAAUGAUUGCGAACAUCCGUGGAGAAACGUACAAGAAGUAUAUUUUCAUGCCCAUGGAGUUCUUCGACGAUCCCAAGCACAUGCCCUCUAUUCUCACGUCGCGACUGAGCAUCGAUGGCCGACGUGUUCGAGACUUUGUGGAUCGCAUGUACUUCAUCUUUGAGAACUACCUGCUCAUCAUCAUCUCGCUCGUGACCUGCUUCACCCCCGCUGGAAACUGGAAACUGACGUUGGUUGCCGUCUGCAUGUCUCCUUUUCUGCUCGUCGUGGAGUACAUGCAGUGGAUGAUCAUGGCGAAAGUGUCCGAUCAGAUCGACAGAGAGCUGACUGAGCGAUCGGGCGAUUUGACGGAUUGCAUUCUGAACAUCCACACCGUGCACGCUUACAAUCUCCAAAACACGCUGAGUAACCAAAUCAUGAAGAAACUCGAGCCCACCAACAAGAAGACAACGCAACGAUUCAUGCGCGGAGCCAUCGGCCAAGGCCUUUCUCUCUUCAUGCCUUGUGUUUACGAUGCCGUCGUGCUCUUAGUCGCGUUCUCCAUGCUUCAGAAGGGCGAAAUCGACUUCGUUCGCAUGAUGUUCGUUUACAUGACCAUCAACACCUGCGCAGCCACUGUAGGAAUCAACAUGGCGUACACUGCGUCGAAUGAACUCGCCCAGCGAUCGGCGAACAAUCUUCUCUCCGUGAUUAACAUGGAGAACGAAAACGAUGCAGCGCGUGCGCUUCCCGAGAAGGGAAAGGACGGAGCGAUCACGUUCAAUAAUGUGUCGUUCACGUAUCCUUCUCGACCCACUGCUAAAAUUUUGUCGAACAUCUCAUUCACAAUUCCCAAGGGAUCUUCUGUGGCUUUCGUGGGUCCCAGUGGGUGUGGAAAGAGUACGAUCAUUUCGCUCAUCCAGCGAAUUUACAAACCGGAGAGUGGCGAAGUGUUGAUGGACGGAGUCAAUGUGCAGAACGUCAAUUUAGACUCGUAUCGCUCGCUGCUGGGCGCGGUGAACCAAGAGCCGUGCAUGUUCAGCGGCACGAUUCGCGAGAAUUUGGUGAUGGGAGUGGAUCAUGAAGUGUCCGAAGCGGAGCUGAUGGACGCUUGCACGCAAGCGUUGUGCAUGGAUUUCAUCAAUGAAAUGGUGGAUGGAUUCGAAACGGAUCUCGGAUCGACCGGAAAGUCGGUUUCGGGAGGACAGAAGCAGCGAUUGGCGUUGGCUCGCGCGAUUCUUCGAAAGCCGCACGUACUGCUGCUGGACGAAGCGACGAGCGCGCUGGACAGCGAAAAUCAGGACAAGUUCUUGGAGGCAUUGGAGAAGUGGCGAUCGACGCAUCCCUGCACGGUCGUUACUGUAGCGCAUCGACUGAGCACGAUUGUGGACAGCGAUAUCAUCUUUGUUGUUUAUGAAGGAAAGAUCGUGGACUACGGAAGCCACGCGGAACUGCUGAAGAAGUGUGAGUUCUACGCAGCACUGGUAAAGGGACAGAUGGGUGAACAGUAA